AUGGCAUUGAAAAUGAAUAUAGAGGAUUCCGCAGUCUGUAUGUAAACAAAUAACUAUCUUGAUAAUUGACGGAUUGCUUGUUUUCAAAAGUAUUUUAAUAUUGUUUGGAUGCACUUUUAGUGUAACAAUUUUUAAACCACAGAAGUUUAAAAUUUCGUAUCCACUCAUGACGUAAUUGCUUGUUGCUAGAAAUAGAAAAUUUAAUUAGUAUUGCAUCGUAAUUGAAUUCCAUCUAUAUAUUUAUAGAGUGUCAUUUUAAGAUGUUGAGUCUUGGCAGUAAAUCGAAUUUUACUAUUGAUGACGCUUUUGAAACAGAAGACGACGAUGUUUUGAAAACUUAUGGUACAACUACCGAAAGUACUCCUUUGAAGCCUGGUCGAAAUGUUCGUACAGAUCUUACAAGUUGCGCCAUACGUAUUGAUGAUCCAACUAUAGAUCGUGGCAGAUUUGGCAAACUGAAACUAACUGGAGAUAGUUUUUCAAAAGAUAGUGAUUCUUUAAUUCAUGGCGACUCAAUUCGUCCAGAAAAAUUUGACACUAAAUUAGUUUGGUGGAAACAUCCAAAAGUCAAAGAAAACUGGAAGGUUAUGUUUGCUGCUUUUGGUCUGCUUUUUAUUGGAAUCGGUCUAUUAGUAACUGGAUUUGUUGUACUAAUCAUGCCAGAAAUGGGUGUUCAGAGUUUUGUUUUCUUUAUUGCUGGAGCUAUUUGUUUUAUACCUGGAGCUUAUCACGUGGUUUACGUUUAUUGUGCCGUCAAAGGUCGCCGAGGGUAUAAUUUUUAUAACUUACCAUUAUUUAAUUGAUGAAAACAUCCAACAAAAUAAUCUGGCUGAUGUAAGAAUAAUAAAAAAAUAUGUAAAGUUGAAUUCACGUUUUAUUGUAAAAAAUAUUGUCUUUUGUACAUAGAUUUAAAUUUUUAUUAUAGUUGAUGUUUGUAUAUGUUUUAAAUGUUUUGUAACUGUGAAAUGCAUUAACAAUAAUAAAAAUAAUUUCUAAUGGUAUGAUAAACUUACAUAAUAAUUUAUUUAGAACAUUUAUAGAGUCGUAAACAAAAAUUUAUAUUUUUAAAAGUCUAAAAUUGAAGUUGUAUACUAUGAAUACAAAAAAAUAAUGUGCAAUAACUUGCCUAUUUCUUUUUGACAAUUGUGAUAUUUUAUAUGCUAAUAAUGACGAACAAAUAUGUUUUAUGAAUAUUUUGGAAAUAUUUUUUUUGUUCUGUUUUACUUUUCCAAUGUGUGCAUUUCUAUUUCCGUUCUUUUAGCCCCUUGUAUUUUAUUAUUAAAAAGACUUGUGUGGAAUUUUCUUUUAUUUUGUAUAUAAUAGGAUCUGAUAUAUGUUACUUUAUUUCAAAUAGAGAAUGUUUAUUUCUGUGUCUUUCUCAAGCUUUCCGAAAACAAAUAUUAGUAUAUACUCCAAGUUGACUAUCUAAAAUAUAUUUAAAACAAAAUUCGUAUCGAAUUAUUUUUUAUAUGACAAUUAAAUUGUUUUUGUACUGAAAUUUUUUUUUUUGAACAUCAGAAAAAAGCACCAUUAAAAAUGUUUAAUGCUUGUUACGUAGUACAUCAUUUGUAGCUAGAGUCCCUAUAUCUAAUGUAAUUAGAAAAUUACAAUAAGCAACUUCAGAGCUGUCUUAAAGAAAAAGAUAUUGGAGUUAGUUACCACACAUUUGAAGUUACACUCAAAUCUCACUUUUUUACUCUACAUCAAAGUCACUUUUCGGUUUUUAGGUCAUGUCAAACUACACCAAAGUUGCAUAAACUAUUGAUGAACUGAUUAAGCUCUUUAAAUAUAAAAAUAUAACUUUAUUUUUAGUUUGUUUGAAACAUUUUCUGCUGGUAAUUGCUUUUUAGCAAGGAAAUAAAAGUUUUGUCAGAUAGUUAACAGUUUAUUAUGCAGAUAAUAAAAUCAAUAAUUUAAUAAAAGAGCGAAGUAUAGCUGUGAUAUUUUUUAAAAUCUAAUUAUUUCACAAAAUAUAUGCUUAAUUAAUAUUAUUCAAUGGAUACUUUUCAUUGUGAAAACAUUAAUUGUGAAAGCAAAAACAAAAAAAUACGUAUCUAUAAUUUUUAAAUUUUGGCAAAUAAAAAUACCUUGUCCACCCCUCCAUGCUAAGUUUAUAAUUUUUUUAUUUUAUUUUUUAACUUUGGUUUUCAACCAAUCACAGACUGUUCUCAUAUGCCGUAACUUUUUAAGUACAUUAGAUAUAGGGAUUCUAUUUUUAGCUAUAACAUCUAAAUUUGUACCCCCCUUAUAAAUUAUUAAGUGAAUUUAGAUAUGUAAAGAAGGGAAUAUACUCUUUAAUUAAUUAAUUAAUUAUAUAGUUUAAAAAUAAAAAUAGUUUUUUCAAAUUUAGUUCGUACACUGAUCAUUUUAUUAGGAAAAAUUAAAUGUAGUAUUGUUGUACUUUUUUGUUGUUGUUAGAAUAUGAUUGAAAAUUUAGCAGAGAAUAGUUCUUUGUGCAAAAGAAAAAAAUCUGUAUGAAAUAUUUUUACCUUAUUACUGGAAAUUAGAAUAUCAAAUUGCAGCUAUUUAUAAUAAAUUACAAUUCUAGUGAAAGUAAACAUAGUGUGUUUUUUUAAACUUAUUUUGUAUUUUUAUUGUGUUUUAAUAUAAAUGACAUGCAUUUAAAAUUCACUAGUUUAUAAUGUGAUAUUUAUUUUGUUACAUUGUAGAAAAUGUGUAAAAUCAUUUCAACUACUUGAGAAAACUAAUUGAUAGAUUCAAUUUGGACUGAUUCCUUUAAAAAAAAUUUUUAAAAAAAAUUAUUUUAAUGGAUCAUAUUGGAUAUACGUUCUUCUAUUAGUAUGUUUGUUGUAUUUUACUGUAUUAGUACUUAUUUUAUUAAUUUUUUCUAAUAUAUAUAUUAUGUGCAGCUAUUGAUCGAUAACAAAUUUAGCAUGAUAGACUUAAUAAGUCUAUGGCUGGUGUUGUGAAAUUUUUAAACUUAGUUUAUAAAGUCUUUCCAAAAUUCGUGUUUAAACAUUUAUUCUUAAUUAAGGUGAAUUAAUGAAUUACCUGCUGUUUAUAAACUCACCGAACAGAAAAAUAGUCACCUCGUGAGAACUCAUGAAAAGCAUAAUUUAAUAACAUGUAACUUCGCCUCUGCACUUAUCAACCGCUUAGAUUUGGUUAGGAAGUGAGUGCACAAGGCUUAGUAAGAAUGUUACAUUUAAUUUAAGCCAUUAGCAGAGAAUUUGAUUGAACAAAUUCACCUGAUUUCAGCAUUUUAUAAUAUUGUGCAUGAGUUUUCAUUAAACUAGUCACAUAUACUUCCACCUGUAUGAACUUAGUUGUUAUCAUCUUGAAAAAAAAUAAGGGAAUCAACACCAUAUUUGUCAUGAAGAAGAAGACCAUAGGUUACGCAGAAUGUUACAAUAAACAUGUUGGUUAAUGUAAGAAGUCCUCUUACUGAGCUGGCCCAUUCAUAACAAGAAAAACACUCAAAACAUCACAGACAUAUCUUUAGCUUCACAUAUCUUUUCACAAUUUCUCUAGGAGUGACUUAUUAUUUGACCGGUGAGCUUAGUUGUUGAAUUGGUUUAAUUUGAUUUUGUUUUCUUAAAUUGGCAGGUUUGAAAUACUUGUUUUUAUAUAUAAUUGGUAGCUAAUAGAUUGGUGAAAGUAAAGUAGUUAAUUAGAAUAUAAUUUAUUCAUAUAUUAUUAUAGUUUAUGAGAAUUUAAUUAUAAUGAAUAAUAAAUCUGGCAAUCUAAAAGGUAUAAACUAUAUUUUUGCCUGUGUGAUUUAUUUUGUGUAAAACAUUUCAUUUGAUUUUUUGAUUUGAUGUGCUUUAUGUGAUAUCCUCAAAUUAUUUUAAGAAUAAGUCAUUUGUUAAAUCACAACAAAAAGUUGGAUAAUGUGUAAUUAAUUAGUAAUCAGUAAAUUUAAAUUUAGCUUCUCUGAAAAUAUUCGUUUUGUCAUAAACAUAAACUUCAAGUACCAAAACUAUUUUGUUAGAUUGAUAUUAAUUAGUAAAUUAUAUUAUUAUUAGAACUGAAAUAGUGUAACAUUUGUGUUUAAAUAUAUUAUAAUUGUUCUAACUGUAGCUGUAUAUCUUUUUAAAAAAAUAGUUUUUUUUAUUGCAAUGAAUUGUAAGAAUAAUUUGUUUUAAAUUUAUGAAAUUUUAGUGCAUGCUGUUGUGAAAAUCUCAUAAUCUUCCUAACUUUCAAUUUUUUUUUUACAUAUGUAGGACAAUUUUAGCAUAAGCCACAUUUUAAAAUUGUUCUGAGAGCUGAAUUUAAUUAAAUUAUUUAUUUCUCUGAAUUUAUUUCAGAGCGUUAUUGGCGGAAAGCAUCAUGCUUUACCUUCGGGUAAUAAGAUUUUUGCAUGCAUUGUGCCCUUGUCUAGUGAAAAUUCUGGGGAUUUAUAAAAUACCUAUUUAUCUGUUAAAUACUUUGAGACAUUUUAAUGUAAAAAUGUAACAUUUUGUAAUAAUUGUGGCUUAUUGCUAAAUUGCUUGAUGCCCUUCAUUUAUAUUAACAAGAUCAAUAAAAUCGUGAUCCUUCUCUCUAAUAUAAACCCCUUUAUCUAAGAUUUAAUAAGGAAAAUAUGUGUAUGAAAUAAAUAUUUAAUUUUUAUUAAAAAAAACCUUAAAAGUGACAAAAAAAAGAUUCAGUAAACUAGAAAUUUGAAACCUAAUUUAUUAUCAUAUUUAACAGUAACUUUAGUUGCUUGAUAAGUAAAAUGUGCUAUAUUGUUUGAAAAACCAACGAGGAUCUAAGCUGAUGGUUUUACCAGAAGGGGUUAAAAGGCUAUAUUUUGGUAGUCAAAUUCUCUACUUAAAGGGACUCUAGUCAAAUAUGCUAACUCAUUUAUGCACUCAAAAUUACACUCAACUUUUUAUUUUAUUAAACAAAAAGUAUAUUUAUUCAAAAUUUUUGGAUUGUUAAGUUUGAACAUGAUAAUAAAGUAAAUUAGUUGGAACUAAAAUAUUUAGAAUAAUUUAGCUAAUCAGUGAUUGAUAAUUUUUUAGUUUAUUUAACUAACAGAUUGCAUGCUGCAAUGGUUUAGCUGGACAAUUGGUCCGUAAAUGACAAGUCAAAAUUUUCACUGAUCAGCAUUUGCACUUAGCAUUUUAAAAUGGAGUCCUAUAUUUUUAAGGUCAACAGUUAUUAAUAGUUACUUUUUUCUUUUUAAAUGAUAUUCUUUGUGUUUUGUACUUUAUGCUUAAGAUCUUUUUGUGCAACCACUAUAAUGUUAUUGAAACUACAUAAGGUUCCUUUUUCAUACAUGUAUGAUGUGCUAUGAAUUAAUAAUAAAUAUUGUAUACUUGCA